AUGCCUCAAAAGUCAAAAAGAAGAUCUCAAUCAGCCGCAGCUAUAAAAAGUCGUUGGGCUAAGAAAAAUGUUGAUUUAUUAGAUGAUGGUUUUGUUCCGGAUAUCCCGACCGAUCUGCAUGACUCAAAUGAAAAUAAUAAAGAAAAUAAUUGUUUAAAGAACAAAAUGAGCGUUUUGGAUAUUGGAAACUUAUUUGAGGCAUUGUCGGAAGAGACUUCCAUUCGGCCGCUAUCUGUAUUAGUUUAUUUAUCAUCGGUGUAUUUCGGAAUAUCUUGGCGAGACAUUGAUUUAUUUCUAAAAGCGAUCGGUGGACUUACCGCGAAGACUUGCAACAAAUGGAGUACAGAUAUAAUCGAACAAGACUUAGAAGAAUUUCUGCAAGACAACAGAGGUGGUAAAGAUGAAGAAAGUUUUUACGACACUUAUCCGGAAUUAGAAAAUUUAGCCAAAUUAUACGUUUUGAAUGGCUGUAAAAGAAAAUCAGCAUCUUUCACUUGUUCUGAACUGGCAAGUUAUGUAGAUGAUGAAUAUUAUAAACUAACUGGAGAGGCUGGCCAUGAAAGACCUGAUGUCGUUGAUGCGCCAACAAAAUUCGUAAACAACUUUCUAACAUACCAGGAUAAAUGUUAUCGAGUUGAAGAAGGAAAAGAUCCGCGAUGGAACAUCCCAAAGAAAAGUCAAACUAUUCUGAUAUUUCAUGAUGAAUCGUGCUUCAGAAGUGGUGAAACAGCUGCUAAACGAUGGUUCUAUUCCGACGAUACUAUCUCGUUUUUCAAUAAGGGUCGAGGACGAUCGCUGAUGGUGUCAGACUUUUUGAUUGCACAUCCUGAAAAUCCUUUCUUCCAGCUUUCUCAAGACGAAUGGGCAGCAGCUGUAAAGAAACAUCCGGAAUUACUCGAAGAUGAUGCCAUUCAAUAUAUUGAACGAUCAGCUUCUGGGUCGAUUCAGGUGGGCUACGGUGGAUAUUUUGAUAAGGAUGCGAUCAUUAAUCGAUUCACUCGCUUAUUCAAAAUGUUACCGUUGAAAAAAGCUUACGCAAAUCACAAGUUUCAUGUCAUUGCCGAUAGUGCUCGCACGCAUAGUGCUAAACAAUAUUCUGUUGAAGAUUUUGGAAUGAAGCCUGGAACUCGUUGUUCAACUGAGAAAAUAUUCUACAGAGAUAAGCAUGGCAAAGCACUUACCAUUGACUGUUUUUUCACAACUGGUGUAAACAAAGGGCAAUCAAAAGGUUUACUUAACUUGGCCAAGGAGUUGGACAUUGACAUUCCACAAAAAGUAAAAUUAGAAGAGCUGAAACGCCUACUUAAUUUACAUGAAGCAUUUAAGAACGUUUCAAAAUCGGAAAUAGCUGCUAAAAUUGGUCGAAUACUAAAUACGAAACAAGCUAAAAAUGAUUUCGAUGGAAUCUCGCACUAA